AUGGUCCUUGAUACAGUACACGCCAAGGCUGGCUCACACCUCUCCUCGCCCUUCCACCCGACAUACAGGGUUCUCGGGCAAGAUAUCACCGUUGACCUUCCCCUCCCUACGCUCAUUCUCGCUACUUUCGGGGCGCUUGUAGCUCUCAGAUACCUCGUGUCUUUCUUGACGCUCCUGGCGCAGCUCACUGUUCUCCCUGGGAGGGAUAUCAAAUCCUUCAAGACGCGCAAUGGAAAGACAUGGGCCGUCGUGACCGGUGCGACCGGUGGUAUAGGGCUCGAGUUCGCCCGUCAGCUCGCUAAGAAGGGAUACAAUAUCGUCGUUCUGGGUAGGAGACAAGAGGUAUUGGAGGAAGUUUCGAGGGAACUCGAAACCAAAUACAAGGUCGAGACCCGGUUCCUCGUGGUCGACUUUGCAUCCCCCUCCUCCCGCGGAGAGAAGUUUGCCGAGCUGGGCCAGAUGGUCCAGUCUCUUGAUCUGGGGGUGCUGGUGAAUAACGUAGGGGCGAGCCAUGAGAUGCCUGUUGCGUUUGCAGAGACGGAGGCGGAGGAGAUCGAUAACAUCGUUCAGACCAACAUCCUGGGCACACUCCACCUCACCCGGCUCCUCCUCCCCCGUCUCCUCUCCCGCUCUUCCAAGAAGGGCAGCCCUAAAUCCCUCGUGCUCAAUAUCGGAUCCAUGUCGGGGCGUAUCCCCUCGGCCCUGCUCGCUACGUACAGCUUGACCAAGGGCGGAUUACAGACGUGGAGUCAGGCGCUGGCUGUCGAGGUCGAAGGGCAGGGGGUUAUGGUCAGGAUGGUGAUACCUGCUUUCGUCGUAUCCAACAUGUCCAAGAUCCGCCGCGCCUCCCUCCUCGUCCCGUCCGCCCCCGCCUUUGUCUCUUCCACCCUAGGAUCCAUAGGACAGAGCCGAGGCGCCCAAGGACGGGCAUACGAGUGCACCCCGUACCCGACGCAUGCGCUCGUGGAUUACGGAGUGGGGCUGCUGGGGUGGGUGAGCGAGCUGGGGGCGAUGAAGGUCGUUAAGGGGAUGCAUGUAGAUAUUAGGAAGAGGGCGUUGAGGAAGCGGGAGAGGGAGGCGAAGGGGAAGUAA